UACAAUUCCUAAUAACCAACUUUUCAUCAUGAAAACCUCGCCUACCAACGCGAAAACACCUAAAAGGCGUGGCCGUCCACCUAAGCCUAUAUCCGAACGCGCAGUUUCUCGAAUUUCACCUUACCGAAGUAAUAAACCACGCCAUUCGAUCAAGAAAAAGAAAGAGGUCGUAAUCUGGCUGGCAUACACCCAAAUACCAUUAAAGCAAUCCAUAGCAAGACAAGGCUUUGCUCUGCCUACCCGCCAGAUAUCUGGCGAUGGCCUCGAGCCCUUAGAACCUGGUUUCCGACGACCCACGUUCUUGGAAGCUGCGUCCUUUUUUAAGAUAUGCCAAUCCACUAUAUGCGGGUGGUGGCAACUUCGGAAGGAUCUAUUAAAAGGAUUUAAGUUUGAAAAUACCGUGACAACUACCACUGAUCAAAAAUAACUCGAAAUAUCCAUCACCGCAAUGAAUACCUACAUAUCGUCAGCGAGCCCCAGAACCCUCCUAGUUUGAUACCCGACGUCCUCAAGCUUCCGAUAGCCGAGAAGCUCGCGAUGCUAGGUAGACAUCUAUCUCGCGCGAAAGCUCUACGCAAUAUGUUAUUACACCAGUGUUCUAUAUCCAUAAUUCACGAAGCGAGGGCGUCAUGAUCGAGAUAGAUAUAUAAACCUCGAUUAAUUAAAUGGAAGGGAUAUUCUUCGCUCCUAAUUAGAGUGAUGCCAGAACGGAGUUAGCAAAGGUGUCCCAUGUGCUAAUACCACUCACUGUGCGCAUGAAUAUCCCCUGCUCCGCCUAUAUAGGCGACUUGUAGGUAAUAGAGUCAGUGGCGGGUGCCGAUUGUGUAACAGGGGAUAAUUCCGAUUACGGUGCGAUGUAGAGUUGGUUCGUGAGACGCUGAUGUAGUUAACUUUAGUCUUCGCAAGGGGAGGUUCUGCUAACGCAAUUGAAUAUAUUAAACUGGC